AUGGCCGACAACAUCAACCCUCCCGCACCAGGCAUCUCGUAUUUCACGCCGAGACAGAGCCCACCAGCGGGCACAGCUGUUAAUCCGCAGAAGAGCGGCAAACCGAUCCCAAAGCUUUUCCAGCCGCUGAAGAUUCGCGGUGUCGAGUUCCAGAACAGGAUCUUCUUAGCACCGCUGUGCCAGUAUUCCGCGAAAGAUGGCAUCGUUACACCAUGGCAUAUGGCGCAUAUCGGCGGCAUCGUCUCGCGCGGACCCGGACUAACCAUGCUCGAAGCAACCGCCGUCCUUCCCGAAGGCCGCAUCUCCCUCGAGGACGUCGGGCUCUGGUCCGACGAUCAGAUCAAGCCUCUCGCGCAGCUCGUCGAGUUCGCCCACUCCCAGAGCCAGAAGAUAGCGAUCCAGCUGGCGCAUGCGGGGCGUAAAGCGUCGUGUGUCCCACCCUGGGUGAGCAUUGGGCCCGUGGCGCCAAAGGAGGCUGGUGGGUGGGCGGACGAGGUCGUGGGUCCAUCUCCGGUGGCGUUCCAUGAAACGUACCCCACGCCCAAGGAGCUGACGAAGGCGGGCAUCAAGAGGGUGGUGAAAGCAUUCGCGGAUGCGGCGAGGCGUGCGGUGGAGGCCGGGUUUGAUGUGAUCGAGGUCCAUGGCGCACAUGGGUAUCUGCUGUCGUCGUUUGCGGGCCCGAACAGCAACCAACGCACUGACGAAUAUGGGGGUAGCUUCAAGGAUAGGAUUCGGCUGACUCUGGAGGUCAUGGACGCGAUUCGGGCUGCUAUCCCAGAUACGAUGCCUCUUUUCCUCAGGAUUUCUGGCUCUGAGUGGCUGGAGGAGGUAGCAGCCAACGAGCCCUCAUGGCGCGCUGAAGACACCGCCCGCAUCGCGCCCAUCCUCGCUGAGCACGGUGUCGACCUCCUCGACGUCUCCGCAGGCGGGAUGGACCACCGCCAAAAGGUCCGCGCAGGGCUCAAGUACCAAGUCCCUUUCGCCGCUGCAGCGAAGAAAGCUGUCGGUUCCUGCAUGUUCGUCAGCGCCGUUGGUGGUCUUUCGGACGGAGUCGCCGCGGAGGAGGUUCUGCAGGCGGGAGACGCGGAUGUUAUAUUUGUCGGGAGGGGAUUCCAGAAGCAUCCUGGGUUGGUGUGGAAGAUGGCGGAGGACCUUGGUGUGGAGAUACAUUUGGCGAACCAGAUCAAGUUGGGAUUUACAGGGAGGUCUAUCCAGAUCCUCGGGAACAGUGAGCCGCCGAAGAAAGAGGAGAUCUUGUAG